AAACGUCAGAACAUAACAAGGGGCCUGAUUUGUGUCCCAGGAACCUUCUAGGCAGACAUUGCCCUGUGUGCCCACAUCCUUGCUCCCGAGAAACAGGGUGGCAAAGCAACUUGGUUAACGCUACCAUGGCAUCUACCCCAGAAGGAAAAGACAGUGCUUCAUGGCCAGACAUCCCCAAGGGCCCACUUACUGCCUACCGAGCAAGAGCUUCCUUCAGCUCCAAGGAGCUGCUGCUCUUCUGGGAUGGUGAGGAUAUGCUCCACUUCAAGAAAACCAUCUUCGAGACUUUGGAGAAUGACCCUCUCUUCGCCCGCUCAUAUGGGACCGAUCUGCCUCUAGAGAAGCAACGAGAGCUGAACUUCCUUCGCUGCAAGCGGGUCUUUGAGUAUGGGUUCUUCCGCGUGGAAGAACUGUUGAAGGAACCCCUGAGGAUCCCAGCGUUGAUUCACUGCCUGGGCAUGUACGACUGGUCCCUGGCUUACAAAUGUGGCCUCCACAUGUUGGUUUUUGGAUCCGCAAUUUUCAAUUCUGGUUCUGAGCAGCGUCUCAAGUACCUUGAAAAGAUCUACAGCUUGGAGAUUUUUGGAUGUUUUGCUCUGACCGAACUGAGUCACGGGAGUAACACCAAGGCCAUGCGAACAACAGCUCACUACGAUCCUGCCACCCAGGAGUUCAUCAUACACUCCCCGGAUUUCGAGGCUGCCAAAUUUUGGGUGGGCAACAUGGGCAAGACAGCAACGCACGCGGUGGUGUUUGCUCAGCUCCACAUGCCCGAUGGCGAGUGCCGUGGGCUGCACUCCUUCCUGGUGCAGAUUCGGGAUCCGAAGACCCUGCUCCCCAUGCCAGGGGUGAUGGUCGGUGACAUGGGGAAGAAACUGGGGCAGAAUGGCCUGGAUAACGGAUUCGCCAUGUUUCACAAAGUUCGAAUUCCUCGCCAGAACCUCCUGGACCGGACUGGGAAUGUCACUUCUGAGGGCACUUACAUCACUCCUUUUAAGGAUGUCCGGCAGCGUUUGGGAGCAUCCUUGGGCAGCCUGUCCGCAGGACGCAUCUCCAUCAUCGGCUUCUCUGUGGUCAGCCUGAAGCUGGCAGUGUCCAUAGCGCUCCGAUUCUCAGCCACGCGGUGUCAGUUUGGACCCACAGACGAGGAAGAAAUUCCUGUCCUUGAAUAUCCGCUGCAGCAAUGGCGCCUACUUCCAUACCUGGCAGCUGCCUAUGCCUUGGACCACUUCUCUAAGACAAUCUUCUUGGACCUGAUAGAGCUACAGAGUGGCCUGAUCAAGGGAGACCACAGUGCCAGGCAGGCAGAGCUUGGACGUGAGAUCCAUGCACUGGCAUCGGCUGGCAAGCCCCUAGCCUCGUGGACAGCUCAACGGGGGAUCCAGGAGUGCCGCGAAGCAUGUGGGGGACACGGCUAUCUGGCCAUAAAUCGGCUUGGUGACCUCAGAAAUGACAGUGAUCCAAACUGCACCUAUGAGGGUGACAACAACGUCCUGCUACAGCAGACCAGCAGCCACCUGCUCAGCCUCCUGGAGCACCGGCUCCAAGAUGGAGCUGCCUUCACAAGCCCUCUCAAGACAGUGGACUUUCUGGAAGCCUAUCCUGGAAUCUUGGGCCAGAAGUUUAUGGGCUCCAGCAAAGCUGACUGGCUGGACUCAGCAGCUCUCCUGGCGGCAUACCGCUGGCUUGUCUGCUACCUGCUCCAAAGGAGUCAUCAGAAACGCUGUCAAGAGAAAAAGUCCAGCGGCAGUGACUUCGAAGCAAGAAACAACAGCCAGGUGUAUUACUGCCGGCCCCUGGCUCUGGUCUUCUUGGAGCUCACUGUGGCACAACGAUUCCAUGUACACACACACAGCCCCAGCGUGCCUCCAUCUCUGCAGGCUGUGCUUAGGCGGCUCAGCACACUCUACGGCCUGUGGUCCCUGAGCCAGCAUAUGGCCCUGCUCUACCAAGGUGGCUACAUUUCUGGUGAACCAGCAGGAAGAGCCAUGGAGGAUGCCAUCUUGGCACUGUGUAUGCAGCUGAAAGAUGAUGCGGUGGCCCUGGUGGAUGUGAUAGCCCCUUCUGACUUUGUCCUGGGCUCUCCAAUUGGCAGAGCUGAUGGUGAGCUCUAUAAAAACCUGUGGACAGCCAUCCUGCAGCAGAACGGUGUGCUAGAGCGUGCCACCUGGUGGCCUGAGUUCACUGCCAACAAACCUGUGGCCAACAGGCUGAAGUCCCAGCUCUAGAUAGACGUGGUGGGAGAGGUGGGCCACAGCAGAAGCAUCUGAUCCAGAGGCCUGGACCCAGGAGACACCAAGAUAUCCAUGCCGAAAACCACACACACCAUAUAGUUCCCUUGUCCCUAGUCAGCCUGCUGUACCCAUCCUCCAGUGGGGGGAAAUCAUGUUUCACAUACAGGGUCAGGGAGUUUGCACAGUGUGUCUCCCCGAGGGCCUUGGGGUUUUAACAAAGAAUUUUAUCCAUUCUCUCUUGGGAAUACAGAUAGGAAGGUAAAGUCAGGGCUCACAAUGAAGGCUUCUGCUUAGGUGAACUUUGGGGUCCAUAGGAGGUUUUUGCAAAGCUUUCUUCUCUAUUCUGCCUUCUGAUCCUUUAACCCUUCUUGUGGUAUGGCCAUACCUUGGUUUUACUUGCCAUUUAUGGCUCUGUACCAUGGACCAUCGGAAUGACAGAACUGCAAGAUUUUCUUGGGGAAAAUGUCUUAUUAUUUCUUUUGGUGGCACCAGGAGUUUCCGCUGAGGAAGUGUGUGGUGUGGGGACAUGUAGCCUACUCACCACGACGUCCCCACCUUGUCAGUGACUGGUUGGCAGUGGUUUCAGUCCUUUUAUUUCUAAAACAGGAGAAAUGCUCAGUGCCAUCUGUCCCCACCAAGUGUCCCUGAGCGAAUUCACACGUGUGCUUCUGAGAGGUAUGGGGCAUGCUGCCGUCCCUUCAGCUGUAGGGAGGAUCUAUACCCUUAGCCUUCCUGAGGGGUGUUCUGAGCCCCAGGUGCUUGCUGAGCCC